CCAAAGCUCCCAAGGUGUCACCAAAAAAGCAGUCUGAAAAGGUUCAGCGCUUCUCAGCUCUCGCCAUGACCGAUUCCAAAGAGUCACCAAAGGUGCUGGCUUUGGUAAAGGAGGUGGAGGCCCUCAGGACGCGGCUUCGGGAUGCCCAGAGAGCCCAAGACGAGCUCCGGGAGCAAAUGGCCCCGGUGGAGCGCUUGAAGUCCGAGAUCCGUAAGCACAAGCAGCUGCGUGAGGAAGCGGAGAUGCAACUGGAGACAUCGGAAGCCAAGGUGGCAGAGCUCCAGCGGCGCGUGGGUUCGCUGCUGGCGGACCUGGCGCAGCAGAGGCGGGAGACCGAGAAGUUCCAAGGCCGCGCCGAGGAGCUGGAGAGGCUGUGUGCAGAGCUGGGGAAGUCUGAGCGCGGCAGCCAGGCAGAGCUCUUUCGUGCACAAGAGCGAGUGCAGCUGUCGCGGGUGGAGGCAUUCAACUGCACGCUGGCGGAGCAAAGAGCGCAGGAAGAGCGCGAAGAGGCGCUGGCCAAGGUCCACAGCAAGGCGCAGCAGCUGCAGGCGUUGAAGGCGGAGUGGACUGUGCUCAGCGAGCAGACCACAGAGGUGCGAGAGGAGCUGGUGGAGAAGCGAGCCGUAGUGAACUGCCUGCAGAAGGAGCACGGCCAGCUACGGAAGGAGCACCUGGAGCUGCAGCAGAGCUUCGCGCAACAGCGGGAGGCCCUGCAUGGCGCCACCGCUGAGGUGCAAGCGCUGCGGGAAAGGAGCGAAGGACUGGAAGCUGAGCUCCAGAGGCGACAGGAGGCUGAGGCUCAGGCGAAAGUUCAGGAAACAACCCAUGAGCCCGAGCCUUCCGGCAACUUUCAGAUCUCUCUGCCGGCUGCGCCGCGCGCCGUGGCGGCGCCCGAAGGUGCGCAGCUUUUCCGCAGCGCGAUGGACGAUUUGGAACUGCCCGGCUUGGCGAAUUACCUCCAGCGGGAGAUGAAGUGUUUGAAGUCCAGACGAGACUACCCGCGCUGUGCGGCGGCGCGGCAGAUGAGGGGCCGCAUUCUAGACGGGCACAGCGCAACGCUUUUUAGCUAAAGUGCCGCGUGCUAGGAGGACUCUCCUGUCUGCUAAGCAGAGUGGAG